AUGGCUUUGAGCAAGGCAACAAAGCAGAGCUCCACUCACAGUAAAUUUACAUCAGGGUCUGCGGCGGUGGAUGGCAGGACACCGGGUGGAAAUAUCACCGAGUUCAUGACCUGUAUCCACACAUCUGAAAAUCCCAGAGACGAGUAUCCAUCGUGGGAAGUAGACCUUGGUCACGUGUACCCUGUGGCUUACAUCACCAUCUAUGGCCGUCCUGGCUUCUUACGCAGAAUGGUGGACACAACUGUCACCAUAGACAACCACCAGUGUUUCUCGAUUAAAGACAUGCCCUCUACCAACCCUUUUACCCUGUCCUGUACCACGGCGCUGUCUGGCAGGACAGUCAAGAUUAGGAGAGACAGCAGAAAUAGGAACGAUAUCAGCCUCAACAUGUGUGAGGUUGAGGUGUGGGGUUGCUUGGAUGGGAAGUAUGGCUGGAGCUGUUCUCAGUCGUGUGGUCAGUGUGCCAACUCCUUGGCUUGUGACAAGGUGACGGGUAGAUGUCCGACUGGCUGUGCAGCAGGGUGGACAGACGACUUGUGCCAGACGGAAUGUGAAGACGGCAAGUAUGGCGCUAACUGUCAACUCUCUUGCCGUCGGUGUAAGGACGAUGAGGCCUGUGACAAGAAAACUGGCAAAUGUGCCAAAGGAUGUCCACCUGGACUUCUAGGUGACCUUUGUGACCAACGUGAGUAG